AUGCCUCUCCGUCGAACCCCGCCUAAAAAAAAAUUACAGGGAUCGACAUCAGAUCUAACCGAUGAUAGCACCAAAGAUGAACUACCUAAAGAUGAACUACCUAAAGGACAAACACAAGGGACAAACAUCACCACCCGGCCAAAACGCAAAGCGCGGGAGGAAGUAAAAGAUGAAUUGAGGUCAUUCAUGGAAGAAAUAAAGGGGAUCGUACACGAGAUCAAGUCCCAAAACAAUGAAAUUAACACCGAACUCACCUCAAUUAAAUCAGCUAUAUCUGACAUCCGCUCCGAAAUCAGCUCUGUCAGAGCUGAUUACCGUGAUGCGAUGAAUUCCAUUGCAGAUAUCCAGUGCAGGCAGGUCGAGAUGUCUAAGGAGUUCGUGGACUUAACAAAAUCUAUAGAAUUUUAUCAUGCAAAUCAAAAUGAUUUUCAACAAAGACUGGAAAAAUUAGAGACCUCCAUGAACGCAGGGCAGAGUUCGGGCUCGGAACUGAAAACCAUUUCAAACACUAUUGAGACCCUAAAAACAGAGAUUCGUCAACAGCAACAAUGGGAGCGUCUAAUGAAUUUGGAAGUGUCUGGAGUACCUGAGUCGAAUAGUGAAGAAGUAAUUGACAUUAUUACACGCAUCGCUGAUCAUGCUGGAGUAAAACUAACUCGAGAUAAUGUAAUACACGCUACCAGGGUCCAACCUCGUCAAAAUGUUUCUGGUCGUCCGAAAGUUAUUAUCGUUAAGCUAAAGAAUCGGUAUUUAAAAGACAACAUUCUUGCUGGAUUACGUAAAACGAGGGGAGUGACAACGCACGACAUCUAUAUUCCUGGUGAACCUAGACGUAUUUUCGUCAACGAACAUUUAACUAUUGAUAACAAAUUAUUAUUUAAAAAAUGCCGUGAGUUUGCAAAGUCAAAAUUUUAUCAGUUCACCUGGGUAAAAAACUGUCGUAUUUACAUGAGGAAAGACGACACAUCCCCUGCCAUUUAUAUCAAACACGACUCAGACCUGUACAAACUUCACUGA